UUCAGCGAAAAAAGGAUUUUUCGGAAAAGUGAUUUUGUUAACAACUCUCCUCUCCUCUUUACUGCUGGACUAAAAGGGGAAAGAAGGGUGACGAGUAUGAAUAUCAAAUUCACGAGCGCGCUCUUAGCCGCUCUAAUCUGCCUGUCAUUUACCAGCCACCUCGUGCGGGCGAGAAGUUUAAAAGAUUUAGCAAGUAUUUCCAAAGAGGAAGGUAUCGAUAACGAGGCUCAAGACGACGGUGACGAGGCUACAGACACAGCUGUGGAUGAAGUGGAUGCGGACAGCUUAGACGGAGAUGACAAUGAAUCAGCGAUAAAAAGAGGCCACUUAACUGACGAGUAUGAUUACUCAGAUGAAUCUGCAGAAUCCGGAAGUGCUGCGGCAGAAAGCGGAAGUGGAGGUGAAGAGGAAGCAGCCCCUGAGACUGAACCGAUGUGUCCUCCACCAUGCAUCCGUCCUCCUGGCCCAGAGCACUGGGUACCGCGACCCCGCUACGAACCCGGCCCAGCCAUUCCUCCCCCGCCACUUGAGCCACCCCCACCCCCUCCUCCAUGCCCACCGACAUGCAUGCAAGUGUGCGCUCCUACCUGUGACCCAAGCUGCUGUGGAACACCCGUAGCCUUACCUCCACCCCCACCGAUGCCAGCUUGCCAACCAUCCUGCGCACCAACUUGUUGCCCAAUUCCACCCCCACCACCUCCUCCACCACCGCCACCACCACCACCCCCACCCCCACCACCAAUGAUUUGUCCUCCAACAUGCCAGCCCAGCACCUGUGCCCCAGCCUGCCCUCCAAUAUGCUGCAAGAGAGGAGACUAAUCUCCAGUCGAGUUACCUUCAACCAAACUAGAACUUCGCGAUCAUGAUGGUACAUGCGAUAGUGAAACGCAACUUGACUUUCUCGUUUUUCUGUCAAGAAUAUGGUAUUUCUGUACAUACAAUGACGUUUUAAGGUCUUUUGCUUUUUAUCUGAGAGCAUAUUGUGACAAAUUUAUGUUUUAAGUAUCGUUACUGGUUCAAUAAAGUAUUCAAGUUUA